UUUGUGUCCAGCCAGGUCUCAAGUCUAUCUAUGGGAGAUAGCAGCACUGGCCCUACAGAGCCCCGCACAUCAUCCAAGGGCCAAUGAAUCCCUCAGAAACUACAGAGGAGCUGAAGCUCCCACCUUCAAAUAAGGUUGUGUUUGCAGAGACAGAGGAGAUACCAGACGACAACAAGCCUGAUGGGAGUCCGAAUCAGACAGCGGGAUUUGAUAUGAUCUACAGGAUUGAGGAUGUCCCACCUUGGUAUCUGUGUAUUCUGCUGGGACUUCAGCACUACCUAACAUGCUUCAGUGGAACAAUCGCUGUGCCAUUUCUAUUGGCCGAUGCCAUGUGCGUGGGACGGGACCAGUCCACGGUCAGCCAAUUAGUGGGCACCAUCUUCACUUGUGUGGGCAUCACUACUCUUAUCCAGACCACAAUUGGUGUCAGGUUGCCUUUGUUCCAGGCGAGUGCCUUUGCCUUUCUCGUCCCCGCUCAGGCAAUUUUGAGGCUAGACAGAUGGACCUGUCCCCCUGAGGAGGAGAUUUACGGAGAUUGGACGCUUCCUCUCAACACAUCUCAUAUCUGGCACCCACGAAUAAGAGAGAUUCAGGGUGCUAUUAUUGUGUCCAGCGUGGUUGAGGUGGUCAUAGGAUUGACUGGAAUCCCCGGGGUCCUGCUCAAUGCAAUCGGGCCCCUGACCGUUACUCCUACCGUGUCACUUAUCGGCUUGUCUGUAUUCCAGACAGCAGGAGAUCGAGCAGGCAGCCACUGGGGUCUCUCCAUGCUGUGUAUCUUUCUCAUUGUUUUGUUUGCUCAGUAUCUGAGGAACUGGGCUUGUCCUUUACCAGCCUAUACCAGACAGAAAGGCUGUCACUUUACACGAGUGCAGAUCUUCAAAAUGUUUCCAAUCAUCAUGGCCAUCAUGGUGGUAUGGUUGGUUUGCUAUAUUUUCACUCUGACAGAUGUGCUGCCAAAUGAUCCAAAUCGGUACGGCUACAAAGCCCGCACUGACUCCAGGGGUGAUAUUAUGACCCAGGCGCCAUGGUUUCGUUUCCCCUAUCCGUGUCAAUGGGGUUUACCUACAGUAACCGUGGCAGGGGUCCUCGGGAUGUUCAGUGCAACUCUUGCUGGUAUUGUCGAGUCUAUUGGAGAUUAUUACGCAUGUGCUCGCCUCUCCGGGGCUCCGCCUCCUCCUGUGCAUGCUAUUAAUAGAGGGAUCUUUACAGAGGGUGUGUGCUGUAUCAUAGCAGGACUUCUGGGUACCGGAAAUGGCUCAACCUCCUCCAGUCCUAACAUUGGGGUGCUUGGUAUCACAAAGGUGGGCAGUAGAAGGGUGAUACAGUAUGGGGCAGGCAUCAUGUUAAUAUUGGGAACUAUUGGGAAGUUCACUGCACUCUUUGCCUCUUUGCCUGACCCGGUGCUCGGAGGGAUGUUCUGCACUUUAUUUGGCAUGAUUACAGCCGUUGGAUUGUCAAACCUCCAGAGUGUAGAUCUGAACUCCUCCAGAAAUCUUUUUGUUCUGGGUUUCUCCAUGUUUACCGGCCUUAUGCUGCCCAAUUAUCUGGAGACUCAUCCGGGCAGCAUCCAAACAGGUGUGGCAGAGCUGGACCAAAUCAUCACAGUGCUCCUGACGACAGAGAUGUUUGUAGGUGGAUUUAUAGCCUUUGCACUGGAUAACACAAUCCCAGGGUCCAAAAAAGAGCGAGGUCUGAUAGACUGGGCGUCUGAGAGCUCUGGAGCAGACACAGUGAAAUCAGACACAUACGACUUUCCGGUGGGGAUGGGACUCGUCCGAAAGCUGGGCUGCCUGCGAUACCUGCCCAUCUGUCCCACUUUCCGGGGCUUUAAGCCAUUACGCCACAAGCACAAUGAGGAGAAGGAGACAAAAACCGAAGGUGUGGUGACAGAUGAUCCAGAUAAAAUGGCCUGCACCAAAGUAUAACUGGGUUUCAUGAACUAUUUGUUUUGUAUGCCCGAUUUGUUUGUUCAGUAUUUUAUCUAAGAUACAGAAUAAUAAAGAUGCUCCAUUUCAGUAUAAAUUUAGAUGGACAGUUGAAAGACGAAAUACUUGGUUCGUUUAACUGUUAACAAAAUUGAAAUUAAUUGAAAUGGUGACUCAUUAGGGGGUUUACUGAAAUAACAACAAAAAAUGAAAGUCAGGUUUUUCAGGAUUUAUUACCUCUUGUGUACAAAAUUUGCAAGUGAUUGACACUAAACAAAAGACUAAAAUUAAACUCACUAAACAAAAAUUUUUAGAAAUGUUCU